AUGGCACGCAAAUUCUUCGUAGGUGGAAACUUCAAGAGCAACGGCACAGUCGCCUCAAUCAAAUCCAUUAUUGAGCACCUCAACAAUGCCACUCUCAACCCUAACGUUGAGGUCGUGAUCGCCCCGCCCGCCCUCUACCUCCUCCUCGCCAGGGAGAUCACCCGCAAAGAUAUUGCCAUCGCCGCCCAGAACGUCUACGACAAGGGCAACGGCGCCUACACCGGCGAGAUCAGCGCCGAGCAGCUCAAGGAUGCCGGCAUAAACUGGGUCCUCAUCGGCCACUCUGAGCGCCGCGCGCUCCUGGGCGAGAGCGACAAGUUUAUCGCCUCAAAGACCAAGGCCGCACUCGCGCAGGGCCUGAGCGUCAUUCUGUGCAUUGGCGAGAGCUUGGAGCAACGUGAGGCCGGCGUCACCAUCGAUGUCGUGACCUCGCAGCUUGCGGCCGUCGCGGAGGAGGUCAGCGACUGGAGCAAGAUUGUGAUCGCAUACGAGCCCGUGUGGGCCAUUGGCACCGGGAAGGUUGCGACGACUGCGCAGGCCCAGGAGGUCCACGCGGCCAUCCGGGCUUGGCUCAAGGAGAACGUGUCGGAGAAGGCGGCGGAGGAGACGAGGAUCUUGUAUGGCGGGAGCGUCACCGACAAGAACGCCAAGGAGCUGGCGCAGCAGCCGGAUGUCGAUGGGUUCUUGGUUGGUGGAGCCAGCUUGAAGCCGGCCUUUGUGGAUAUCAUCAACUCUGCGUAG